CACCAUAAUACCAAUAACAUGAUGAAUAACAAUAACAACCUCAAGGAAAGAAGUCAUAAAGUACAACAACAUCAAAGGAAUAACAACAACAACCAAAGGAAUAGGAAGCAACAUUUCGCGCCAUCAGCAAUUUCUCCAGAAGAAAAAAACAAAAUCACAAAACUCUUCACUACCUACCCGCUCACGUCAUGCAUGGGAAGGAAAUGGCUGUACAACCAUCAUGACGAGAAGGCAGUCAUCACUGAUGCUAAAGUGGAGGAGGAGAAUGGAAGCAAGUAGUAGUAGAGAAAAGGUUGGAUUUACAAUUUUGACGUAUAAUAUUCUAGCACAAAUGUAUGCUAAAAGAUUGGAUAUGGAACCUUUUAGUAAUAUUGAAAAUUAUGAAAUGAUUACUAGCUGGUCAUAUAGAAGGAAACGUUUGUUCCGUGAAAUUAAAAGUUAUGGAAUGGCUAAUGAUAAACAACAACAUCAGGAAAUGCCAGAAAUUAUUUGUUUUCAAGAAUGCGAUAAUUAUCAAAAGUAUUGGAGAAAGAAGAUGAAUAACAAAUUGAACAUGUAUUCUACUUACACUGAAAAGAGAGGAAAACGUAAUGGUUGUGCUACCUUUUGGAGGACUGACCGAUUUGUGGAGAUUGCUCACCUAGACUUGGAUUUGGCCAAUUUGUCUGACUUGAUAGACAAGGGAAAGGAGACUAAUUACAUGUAUGGGAGAAGGGAUACUGCCAAUCUGACAUUGUUGCAAUGUAAACUCUCAUCAAAAUACCUUCUAAUCAUCAAUAACCAUCUUGCUUGGGAUCCAGAAUAUCCACAAGUGAAACUUUCACAAAUGUUCUACAUUCUUCAACAAGCUUACAACAUGAUACAGCCAUACAACUCUUCAUCAACAGUAUCUGUGGUAUUGGCUGGAGAUUUCAACUCUUUACCUAAUAGUGAAGUUUACAACUUGAUUGUGGAAGGGCAAGCUGUGGUUCCUACAGCCAAACCAUUGUCGUUCAAUUCUGACUGCAACAUCUUUACAGAAGCAUCAGUUGUUACUAGUGGGAAGACUUCACAACAGCAUGGAAAUUCAAAGAAGGGAGUGGAACAAGUCAUGUUUAACCCAUUCGGAAAAUUCAAGUCUUGCUACCGUGAAGUGAGAGGAAAUGAACCAUCAUUCACAAACUAUAAUAAUGGUUUUUCUGGUACAUUGGAUUACAUAUUCACUGUGGACUUGGGUCAGCAACAGGAUAAAUCUGGUCAACUUGUAUGUACAAGAGUGUUGGACACAAUAACAGAGGAACAAGCUAGCGAACACAAGUGUCUACCAUCUCUUACCUUUCCAUCUGACCAUAUACCUUUGGUGGCAAGUUUGACAUGGUGAAGCUUUUUUUUCAAAUAAUUUAUUUUUCAAAUAAAUUCAAUUUUU